AGAACCCUUUCAAAAAGGUUCUUUAAAGAACCAUUUAUAGCACAUCUUUCAUCAGUUGGAAGAACCCUUUCACAAUGCAUAGAACACUUUAAUCAUGGUUUUCACUGUAAAAGCCCAAAACAUUAUACAUCGCUGUUGUCGGAACAAAACCUCAUAUCUCAAAAAUGGUAACUUUACAGGAGAAAGCCAUUUCUUUGAUCCAUUCGUCAUGAAGGAAACAUACAAUGUAAAGGGUAAUAAUCAUUUUCGAAUCAUGCCAAAAACUGGAAAACAUCACAAAUGGAGACACUGGGUUUUCUUCCAAUAACAGCAAUAUAUAACAUACUAUUAUAGCACCCUCUCUAACUCCUCCAGGGAUGGAAGGACAGUGGUGCCACUGGUUUGUCCUUUUACUCCAGGGACUAAACACUGUAAAAGGGCAUAGCCUGAAGCCAGAGCGCCGAUCGCAGUUCAUUAGGGCAUCACCAGGCUGGUGUUAGAGUGACAAUAAUGAAUGUGGCACUGGGCUCCAGCCAAUCUCUAUGAUGAUGCACUGGACAUUUGAACAAUCAUAUGUAUGGCUAACAUUGAGGCCAUUAGUAAUGGGGUCAAGAAAGCUCAAUGACCCAGAAGGAUUUGUGGAAGGCGUAUCUGUACCAAAGCUGGUCACUGUAUGUUGCUUUUUUCCCCAAUUGCAUUCUCUUAAGUCUAAAAGAUGAGGGUAGACCCUUCUAGCCAAUCUCAAGGCAGGGGGUGGAGUUUAUUGGAAUUUGGGUGGGGAAAAGAGACUAGUUUAUAGGGAUGAAGGGGAUUUAUAGGGGACAAAACCUGCACAUCUUUAUACACAGUGGCUAGUGGAGCAUCAUCAUCCUCAGCUUCUAGAAUUCUCCUGGAAAUUUGGGUGCCAAUCCCUGGAUUCAGAAAACAACGGGUCCAGAAGACAUGAGCAGUGGCUGGAUGAUGAUCACUGACAUGCUGCCAAGCAUUCAGACCUCCUACAAUGUUCCAGCAGGUGCAGUUUUUGGGCCAUGUGACCCUCAGCACACCUCACUGGAGGACAGCAUUGCGUUCAUAGCCCUCAGGUGCUCAGACAGGCGAGCAACAGCUUACACACACCAGGUGGACACCUCAGUGCCCAGUGUCUCUGUAGAUUGUCCAGUUUGGCUGCCACUGGUGCGGUCAGCCCGGAACACAGAGGAACAGAAUUUGGAGGCUUAUGUGAAAGACAGUCGUCUGUUUUAUCGAGCACUGAAAAACAUCUCCAAGAAGACAGAGCUUCUGGUCUGGUAUGGGAAAGAUCUGGCUGAGCUGCUGAGCAUGGCAUGCAUGCAGAAGAGUAGUAAAGGUUACAGAUGUUUUUACUGCAAACAGAGCUUUCUGUUUGAAUUCCCUGUACUGGCUCAUCAGAGAUUCCUCUGCACUGAAAGGCCAACCAUAUUCAACAGCAAGUCAGGCUUUUUCGAACCUUCCAUGGAGUUCCACAGUUUGGCCAGGAACCCGGAGAACUGUCCAUUUAAGGAUAGUGGCAGUAUUACUAAAAGGAGACACUCUGUGGACUCAGAGUCAGACGAAAGUGAUGAAGAGAGUCUAUUUUCUGGUGUGCACGCUCUUCCUCCAUAUAAAAUUAAUUGUGCUAUGUUACUGAAAAGAAGGUUUUCAUCCGCCUCCAGCAGUCAGUCUGGUAGCAGCAAGAUCAGCAUGACCAAUGAAGGUGGACAUUCUUUGCACUGGGCAACGCUCUGCCAUGCCAACUGCCAUGCCAACCUAGAAGCUCUGGAUUCUAAGGCCAAGAAAAAUCCAACUAGGGCCCAAGCUAGAGGUUUACAGUUAACCACAACUGCCUUACAUCAAGAGGAGAAAAGUGCCUUCGUCCAACCUCCACGAUCCACAACUAAUCUGGCCAUGACAACCAGAUUCAGCCUUGGAAUCACUUCUGUGCAGAAUGCAACUACAUUUCCCAGCAUUCUCACUCAAGCUGCUGCUGCCAAGGUAACUAAACCCCAGGCUUUGGCACUCCUCAAUGGAGAUCUCUUCAAACAACAGGCUCUUGUCUAUGAAUCAGGGCUGUGGUCCAAGCACCCAACACUCCUCCAGGCCCAAAGUAUCCCUGAAUGGCCUCUCUUACCCGCCGCUCUCUCUCCACUGGGCCUGCCUGCACAAAACUGGUGCGCUAAAUGCAGCAUCUCCUUCCACACGACAUCAGACCUGGUGCAGCACAUGAGGUCCCACCACAAGAGGUCUGCAGAGCAGCUGAGGGAGCACAGUGAAGAGAGACUGAGGUGUCCCAUCUGUGAUGAAGCCUUUAGAGAACGUCAUCACCUCUCACGCCACAUGAGCUCUCAUGCCGAGGGAACAUCAUGACUAAACCUUUUAUGCUAGGCAUAGUAUUCUGUUGUCAGUCUUAAAGGGGAAUUUCACUGACUUUUAAAAUGCCUAAUUCAAUCAUUUAGAUGUGAACCAAGUCAUUCAGAGUGCUUUGGUGCGAAGUGUUUCAUUCUAAAGUAACUUAAGUCAGGUUCUGCACAGUGGUGGUGAUUGGUACCAGACAUCUAUAGAGUUUAAUGCGUCUAAAAGAUCCCUCACAGAAAACUAUCAUAUGAAAUGGUUAUGAACAUCCUGCUUGAUGUCAGAGACACUGUGUUACAGUAGCCACCACUGUAAAGAAAGCUUCUCUGAACCAUUUCACAACAACCCACUCUGAAUGACUUUGUUUACAUCUCAUCGAUUAAAUUACACAGAAAUUCUGAAAAGUUUGUGGAUUUUUCCUUUUAAAGGGCCCGUAUCAUGCAAACCUGCAUUUUUCUCACUUUUUAGAAAUAAGACUUUGAUGCAGUAAAAACAUGUAAAAAAAGUAUAAAAACUGUCAAAUGAACACAAUUUAAAAAGAUGGUUCUUCAA